UUCCGCAAGAAGCGGCUCCGCUUCGGCCGCAGCCGCAUCCACGAGUGGGGCCUGUUCGCCAUGGAGCCGAUCGCGGCCGACGAGAUGGUGAUUGAGUACGUGGGGCAGAACAUCCGCCAGGUGGUGGCUGACAUGCGUGAGAAGCGCUACGCGCAGGAGGGCAUCGGCAGCAGUUACCUGUUCCGCGUGGACCACGACACCAUCAUCGACGCCACCAAGUGCGGCAACCUGGCGCGCUUCAUCAACCACUGCUGCACG